GUAAUUUGGUUUUGUUUCAUUCUCUCAUUUUCGUUUUAACUAUAACUAUGUUUUGAUUUGAUUCUUUUUAGUACACUAGUUCUUCAAAGAAGCACGUCAUCAUAUUAUAUUGUGGGUCCCUUCUUUUCAAAGGAAAACACAUGUUAGUAGUUUUGGAAGCCCAUAGCCUCACAAGUAAAAUCUCGUUCUAUUUGAGAAGACAUCAAUUUCCCACACAAACUAAAAGUUCAAUUCCUCUGCUCUGUUAAUUCAUUAUUGCUAUAUGGCGUUGCUUGUGUCAAGUGUGCAAUUUCAACCUGGAGUAAGAAUUGUAUAUUCUGUACAGAAAAGGCAAAAUUCAAACAACAUUCUUCACAAAAGGUCUCUAUCCAAAACCCGAUUCUCUUUCUCUACCAAUUCGAUAAAUCGGCGAUAUCGGUACAUAUCUCCCCUAAAUUCGGCUUCAAUUAAUGGAUACUCCAUACAAGAAGCUGAUUCUAGUGAGAAGCUGGGGGUGAAAUGGAUGGAAUUUGUUCGGAAUGUAUUUCCGGGUGGAAAUUGGUGGAGGCUUGAUGUGGAUGAUGUUGGAGUAACGGCAAAGCCUGUGACUGUUGUGCGUGCUCUUCACAGAAUGUGGGAAUUGAUAGCUCAAGAUGGUUUGCUUAUUUUUGCUGCUUUUACUGCACUCAUUAUUACUGCUUUAUCAGAAAUUAGUAUCCCGCAUUUUCUGACAGCAUCCAUCUUUUCGGCGCAAAGUAGCAGUAUCGCAGUGUUCCACCGGAAUGUGCGCAUCUUGGUAGUGCUCUGCAUCAUUUCCGGAAUAUGCAGUGGUGUGCGAGGUUGCUUUUUUGGGCUCGCAAAUAUGAUCCUGGUCCAGCGAAUGAGGGAAAAAUUGUAUUCCACUCUUCUUCUUCAGGAUAUAUCCUUUUUUGAUUCUGAAACAGUUGGUGAUUUGACAAGUAGGCUAGGGGCAGAUUGUCAACAAGUCUCUCGCGUAAUUGGGAAUGACCUAAAUCUAAUUUUACGUAAUGUUCUCCAGGGAACAGGUGCUUUAGCUUAUUUAUUGAUUUUGUCCCCUCCACUGGGAUUGUGCACAAUGGCUAUCUGCUGUGCACUUCUCACGAUAAUGCUGUUGUAUGGCCAAUACCAGAAGAAAGCAGCUAAACUAAUUCAGGAGUACACUGCUUCUGCAAAUGAAGUUGCCCAAGAGACAUUCUCCCUCAUGAGGACUGUACGAGUGUAUGGAACUGAGGAACAAGAACUGGGAAGGUAUGCACGGUGGCUAGGGAAGUUAGCUGAUAUAAGCUUGCGUCAAAGUGCUGCUUAUGGAUAUUGGAACUUUAGCUUCAACACACUCUAUCACUCAACACAGGUUAUUGCUGUGCUGGUAGGAGGAAUGUCUAUUCUGGCUGGUCAUAUUACAGCAGAACAACUUACAAAAUUCAUAUUGUACAGUGAAUGGUUGAUUUAUUCUACAUGGUGGGUGGGGGACAAUUUAUCAUCAUUGAUGCAGUCUAUUGGGGCAAGUGAGAAGGUUUUUCAGUUAAUGGAUCUUAGACCUAGUGGUCAAUUCGUUGACAAAGGAGCAAAGUUAAAAGGAUUAGCUGGACGCAUUGAAUUUGAGAAUGUUAGUUUCUACUAUGCUUCAAGAGUGAAGAUGCCAGUACUUCAACAUAUUAACUUCGUGGUGCAUCCGGGUGAAGUAGUAGCACUUGUUGGUCUAAGCGGUAGUGGGAAAAGUACUCUGGUGAACCUGCUCCUUCGCCUUUAUGAGCCAAUAAGUGGGCAGAUAUCUAUUGAUGGCUACCCACUUAGAGAUUUGGACAUCAAGUGGUUGAGGGAAAGAAUUGGAUAUGUGGGACAGGAGCCUAGACUUUUCCGCAUGGAUAUCAGCUCAAACAUAAGAUAUGGCUGUAGUAGAGAUGUCAAUCAACAAGACGUAGAAUGGGCUGCUAAGGAGGCUGCUGCCCAUGACUUCAUUUCAUCUCUACCCAAUGGCUACCACACAGUUGUUGAUGAUGAUUUGCUCAGUGGAGGCCAGAAGCAGCGAAUCGCAAUUGCUAGAGCCAUUCUUAGGGAUCCAGAUAUCUUAUUGCUUGAUGAAGCCACUAGUGCUCUAGAUGCAGAGAGUGAACACAACGUUAAGGGCGUGCUUCGUUCUGUCAGAAGAGAACAGAACUCAAAGAGAACUGUCAUAGUAAUUGCACACAGGCUUUCGACAAUCCAAGCUGCUGACAGAAUAGUUGUGAUGGAAAGUGGAAAAGUUGUUGAGAUGGGUGGCCACAAAGAGCUUCUCCUCAAGGAUGGCUUGUAUGCUCGAUUAAGAAGAAGACAGGCUGAUGCUGUGGCAUGAACUCUUGUUAACUGACAUAAAUGUUCUGGCGGAUUCUUUGACCAAAUUAGGUAUAGGCUUCAGAAUGAAGAAGGCAAUACAAGAUUAGUUGCAGACAUUGGAGUUCGACCAUCUCAGGUUUUCUCGUGAGAAGGUUGGCUUCAAAGAUUCUGCUGCAUCACCGGCCAAAGCUAUAACCAUUGAGUUUUGACAGCGAUUGAUGCAUAACUGGUUCAAGGGGUGCGAGUAAUAUAUAACCUGUUCAAAGGGUAUAGAUAGCAGAUAUGUUUAUCGACAAAGAGCAGGUACUGUUGCUACAAAGUUACAGAAAAAACCCAUCAAUAAAACAAGGCCCAUUGUGUGAGGCUCGGCUCAUAUUUUCUUCGUUUAGGAAUUCAACUAUGUAGAAAUCCUCACCAAGACCAAUCAACGAAAAAUCCUCGGCUGACUUCCAUAACUGAAGAAUCUUUUGUUUGAAAUAUUGGUGUGCUAUUCUCUUUCCAAAAAUUUAAUGAUUACUGAUAAUUUCCAUGGUUGAUAGAGUCAGGGCUUUUCCUCCGGUGAUAGUAUUAUGACAUCUUGGUUGAAGAUCUUUCUGUGAGUCUAUGGUGUAAUCCUCCAGUGGUCCUUCAAUUCUUUCGGGUGUUGAUAACUUUUCCAGGAAGUAGGAUUUCAUACAUAACAUUGCACUAGUUGGUGGCGUGACAAAUGUUUCACCAUGCCAACAUUAUUAUGAAAACCUUCUAUAGGUGAAAAACAUAUGAGAAAAUCUACAUUCAUUACAAGAGAUAUUUUUAUUAAAGGUGGGUUAUCUAUUCACCUGUGGAACUUAAUUAUG